UGGCAACUCUACAGGCCUGCUGGCAACCAAUUUGAGGUGCAGCUGUGCGCAGGGUGGCAGCAUGCAGUGUUGAAUAAAGGGGAGACUAAGGGGGAGACGUGCAUGAAGACUGAGCUCCUCAAAGAUAUCACCAACAAUAAAGAAGAAGGGUGUAAUGCCAUGGCGGCCGAUGAAAGUUCUGCCGAGAAGCAAGGCGGGGAGCCCCAGCUGGUGACGGACGUGGAAACCAAUGGCUCCUGUGAGGGGGGCGAAGCCAACGACCCCCCGAGCCCCGCCCAGAACACUCAGGACAGCAUCAAGGCAACCCAGCCUGACCCGGCCGCCAAGCUGGGCCGGGUCGCCGAGAACGGGCUCUCGGAAAGAGACGUUGAAGCGGGGAAGCCCAAUGCCGCCAAGACGAGCGAGCUCACACAGACUUCCGUCACGGGGAGCAAUGGGUUUAUCCUCACGAAAGCCGCCUCCCAAGAGCAGGCCCUAAGGACUACCAAUCCCCCGACCCCCUCGCUGCCCGGCCACGCCGCCAAAACCCUCCCCGGAGGAGCCGGCAAAGGGAGAACUCUGAGCACGCUGGCUCCGAUCCAAGCCGCGUCGCCGGCCAAGGCCGGGGAAGGCAGCGAGGAGCGGGACGCUAAAAAAGCCCCGGCCCCCAACAGCGACGUCAAGGUCCACAGGGCCCGGAAGACGAUGCCGAAAUCCAUCCCCAACCUGCACACAGCAAAUAAGGACUCCCGCGACGUGCGAGAUGCUAGAGAUCUUAAGGAACCCAACGAGGACAGUAACAAAAAUGUCUCGGAGUUUGGAAAACAGCAGCUUUUACCCCCUCUCCCGUCCCUUCAUCAGUCGCUACCUCAGAACCAGGGUUAUGUGGCCACCGCAAAAUCACAGACAGCCAGCUUGCCUUUUGUCUUAGCAGCUGCAGUAUCUCGGAAGAAAAAACGGAGAAUGGGAACCUACAGCCUGGUUCCCAAGAAAAAGACCAAAGGGUUGAAACAGAGGACGAUGAUUGAGAUGUUUAAAAGCAUAACUCAUUCCACCGCGGGGGUCAAGAACGACAAGGACCUAGGAGACGGUAGCCUUCACCUCAACGGGGAGAGCUUAGAGAUGGACUCGGACGAAGAGGAUUCGGACGAGUUGGAAGACGAGGAUGAUCGGGGGACUGACCAACCCUCUGCAUAUCCUGCAGAAGACAGCAGGACUUCUAAAGAGAGCGUUUCCGAAACAGACCAUGCCCCAAAGGUGGAAGAUGGCGAAUCCGAAGAGGAACAGGAUUCGGGGGAAUCCGGCGAAGAAGAGGAGGAUGGAGAUGAGUCUGACUUGAGCUCAGAAUCCAGCCUCAAGAAGAAAUUACUGAAGAGAAAAGGGAAAACGGACAGUCCGUGGAUCAAACCAUCCAGGAAAAGGAGGAGGAGAAAUAAAAAGAAACCAGGCAGCGGGCUCGGUACAGAAACAUACAAGCCAUCUUUGGGAAGCACCGAGCAGUCCAGGCAGGAAAACAGUAUGGAAUACAUGGAAGUUUCCCUGGAUUCUUUAGACCUGCGAGUCAAAGGAAUUCUAUCUUCGCCGUCCGAAGCUCUUUCUAACGGUCCAGAAAUAGUGGAAACGGAUGGUCUUCAGGAAGUGCCCCUCUGCAGCUGUCGAAUGGAGACCCCCAAAAGCCGAGAGAUCACUACGUUAGCCAACAAUCAGUGCAUGGCAACGGAAAGUGUGGACAAUGAGUUGGGCAGGUGCACCAACAGCGUGGUUAAGCACGAGUUGAUGCGUCCGUCCAAUAAAGUCCAGCUCCUGGUACUGUGCGAGGACCACAGAGGGAGGAUGGUGAAGCACCAGUGCUGCCCAGGCUGUGGGUACUUCUGCACAGCUGGCAGCUUCAUGGAAUGCCAGCCCGAGAGCAGUAUCUCGCACCGCUUCCACAAGGACUGCGCCUCUCAAGUCAACGACACGAGCUACUGCCCCCACUGCGGCGAAGAAGCCUCGAAGGCCAAGGAAGUGACCAUCGCCAAGGCUGACACGACCUCCUCGGUGUCCUUGACUUACGAGCAAGAAAAGCCGGUUUCCGCGGAGGGCAGGGCAGACACUACGACGGGAAGCGGCGUUGGAACACUGCUCUCCGAGGAAGAGAAGCCCGAGAGUUCCACAUCUCAAGCCCCCGAGGGCUUCGAUGGCGCCGGGGCUUCGGUCUUGGCGAAGCCCGCCGCCAGCCUAUCCCAGGGACCCGUGAAAGAAACCUUGGAAAGCGCCCUGAUCGCCCUGGAUUCCGAAAAGCCGAAGAAGCUGCGGUUCCAUCCGAAGCAGCUGUAUUUCUCCGCCCGACAAGGGGAACUGCAGAAAGUGCUGCUGAUGUUGGUAGAUGGAAUCGACCCAAACUUCAAAAUGGAGCACCAGAAUAAACGGACUCCCCUCCAUGCAGCAGCUGAGUCUGGCCAUGUGGACAUCUGUCAUAUGUUGAUUCAGGCUGGCGCCAACAUAGAUACCUGCUCAGAGGACCAAAGGACCCCUCUCAUGGAGGCAGCAGAAAACAACCAUCUGGAUGCCGUGAAGUACCUCAUCAAGGCUGGAGCACUAGUAGAUCCCAAGGAUGCAGAGGGUUCCACGUGUUUGCACUUGGCUGCCAAGAAAGGCCAUUAUGAUGUGGUUCAGUAUCUGCUGUCCAAUGGACAAAUGGAUGUCAACUGUCAGGAUGACGGCGGUUGGACACCGAUGAUCUGGGCCACCGAGUAUAAGCAUGUCGACCUCGUGAAACUUCUCCUCGCCAAAGGGUCGGACAUUAACAUCCGAGACAACGAGGAGAAUAUCUGCUUGCACUGGGCAGCCUUCUCAGGUUGCGUCGACAUAGCGGAGCUCUUGCUGGCUGCCAAGUGUGAUUUGCACGCGGUCAACAUCCACGGGGACUCCCCCCUGCACAUCGCCGCCCGGGAGAACCGCUAUGAAUGUGUGGUCCUGUUUCUCUCUCGUGGCUCUGAUGUCAGCUUGAAGAAUAAGGAGGGUGAGACCCCACUGCAGUGCUCAAGUCUCAACUCUCAGGUCUGGGUGACUCUGCAGAUGAACAAGACCCUCCAAGAAUCGCCUACUGACAAACCCACCCAGGUAGAGAAGACGAUGAGCAGAGACAUCGCCCGAGGCUACGAGCGAAUUCCCAUUCCCUGCGUCAACGCGGUGGACAACGAGCCUUGCCCAAGCAACUAUAAGUACGUUUCCCAGAACUGCGUCACGUCGCCCAUGAACAUCGACAGAAACAUCACCCACCUGCAGUACUGUGUCUGCAUAGACGAUUGUUCCUCCAGCAACUGCAUGUGUGGGCAACUCAGUAUGCGCUGUUGGUAUGAUAAGGAUGGUCGACUGUUGCCGGAAUUCAACAUGGCAGAGCCGCCGUUGAUCUUCGAGUGCAACCACGCUUGUUCGUGUUGGAGGAAUUGCCGCAACCGAGUUGUCCAAAAUGGACUCAGGACGCGAUUACAACUGUACCGGACACAAAAUAUGGGCUGGGGCGUCCGGUCCUUGCAAGACAUUCCACUGGGAACCUUCGUGUGCGAGUACAUCGGGGAGCUGAUUUCGGACUCGGAAGCGGACGUGCGGGAAGAGGACUCCUACCUCUUUGACCUCGACAACAAGGACGGAGAGGUGUACUGCAUAGACGCUCGUUUCUAUGGCAACGUCAGCCGCUUUAUCAAUCAUCUCUGCGAGCCCAACCUCAUCCCCGUGCGCGUCUUCAUGUCCCACCAGGACUUACGCUUCCCCCGGAUCGCCUUCUUCAGCACCCGGCCGAUAGAGGCGGGAGAGGAACUAGGGUUUGAUUACGGAGAGCGGUUCUGGGACAUCAAGGGCAAGUUGUUCAGCUGCCAGUGCGGCUCGGCCAAGUGCAGACACUCGAGCGCCGCCCUGGCCCAACGGCACCGCUGCCCCCGCCGGCCCACCCCGCCCCCGGAGACCCUGGAGAACGGGCUCCCCGACACCAGCUCCGCCGCCGCCUCCGCCUCCGCCGCCGACCCCUUCUGAGGCCCUCCGCCGCCGCCGCCCCCCUCCCCUCCCGCCCCACCCCGAGGUCGAAACUCUUCUAACCCUCCCUCUCCAGUUCCGUACUAUUCGGUUUUCAGUUGGAUGAAGAGGAAAGCCAGGCCCGCCGGCGAGGGGCCGGCUCACCGACCGUCCCCCGCGGAGUUGGGACGGAACACGCCCCGGGGAGACCCCCCCCUUCCCCUCCCCGCCCCCUCCCCGUUAUCUCCGGU